CCGACGCACCGCCAGCUGGUUGUCCUCCAGCUCAGUCAUGAUUUUCGUAUUCGGUGGACAAUAGAAUUUUUUUUUCUCGAUUAUCGAUAACGAUUGACGAUUACUCCAGCCCUUAUUCCAGGAUUAAUGAGGUUUUUUCGUUUUUCAAGAGUUCUGUUCGAUUUUAGUCCUGAAAAAACACUCGUUUUGUUCGUUACACGGAUUUAGUUAUUUGUUUUGGUCCUCUGUUCGGGGAAAGUGGUCUGCAAUCAUGAGGUCAGUGAUACCGGGUCUGGUUGUCGUUGCGGCCCUCGUGGGACUCAGUCUCGGGGAAGAUUGCAAGGGGUGUGUGCCCUUGGACUCUUAUUCGUUUGAUAAGGUAAUUUCCAAGUUUAAAGCGUCAGUAGUAAAGUUCGACGUGGCAUUCCCAUACGGCGAGAAACACGAGGCUUAUGCCAGCGUAGCUGCAGACACCAGAGACACUGGGGAUCUCCUACUAGCCGAAGUCGGCGUCAAGGACUACGGCAAUAAGGAUAAUUCGGAUCUGGCCAAGCGAUUCAACAUCGACAGGCAGGAUUUUCCGGUUAUUAUGCUGUUCCUCCAGGGGCAGAGCCAGCCCCUGAAACUGAUGGAUGGGCACGACCAGGAUUUCACCGUCGAACAUCUCAAGAGACUGAUCAGGUCCAAAGCUGGGGUCUACGUGGGCCUGCCUGGGUGUGUUGAACAGCUAGACAGACUUGCUGAGGAUUUCAAGACAAGUCCAGAGAAAGAGAGACAAGAAAUCUUGAAUAAAGCUAAAGUAUUCCAAGAGACAGUCCCCGAGGCUCACAGAGCAGCUGCCCAGGUGUACGUCAAGAUGAUGGAGAAAAUACUAGAACGUGGAGAUGUUUUCGUUCAAACCGAGCAGACUAGAAUCGAGGGUUUGUUAAAGGGAAAGUUGUCAGAGGAGAAGAAACGCUCGAUGGAGGAGAAGAGGAAUAUUCUUCAGUCGUUCCACCACAGGGACGAACUCUGAGAGCUGCAAGUACUGAUGAGGAAAAACAAAUCUUCAAAUUGUGAACGCACUGGCUUGAAUUUCCAUAAACUCACUGAUCAGCAUUUUCCGAUGAUUCUUGAUUAAUUACGGUUCAAGUUCCAGUACAGCAGAUCUCAUUAUUUCGAGUUGAAAACUAAAAGUCUGAUUUAUUGUCACAAAAGAAUGAAGUGGUACAUCCACUCGAUUUUCAAUGAAUAUUGAAAGUUUUCGAUGUUCAAUGGAAACUAGAGUUUGGGUGAAAUUGCUUUAUGAAUCUCGUUACAUCAAUUCACUUCUGUAAAAGUGUGAUUAAAAUACAUUCCUCGUAUCAAAUAUCUUUUCUAGAAAUUAAGAAAAAUCGUCGACGAUGAUUCUAAAGCUCUCACGUUAUAAGUCUGUUGAUUAAUUGUAUAAUUUGAAUAAAAAAAUUUCC